GCAGCUUGAAGCAUGGCCCAAGCCAUGUAAAUCCACUUUCUGGAAGAAGAACUGUACGGACGACCUAUGGCUGCCUACAAAACUCAAGUCCUGCCACUUUGAGGGCUUAUUCACAGGCGUGUUUCUCGGAAAACCUGAAACGAGGAAGAAACUUUCUGGUAUGGCAAAUGGGAUCCUAAUCUUCUUCUGUGAUAUAGUUUAUCUGGGCAACCAAGUGGCCCGUGGUGAGAAAUGUGUUGUGUCGCAACACACGUGGGAUAAUCUACUUUUGGACAAAAUCACAGUUUUAGACGAAGGAGUCGGAAAUCUAUUACUUUAUCUCUGAAAAAAUACAUUUCUCCCUGGCUGUUUGGAUUGGAUUUCCUCUUGGAAUCCAUUACAAAGACUCUGCCCUGCUGAUCUGAAAAGCUUUUUUAAAAAGUAUAUAUUUGGAAAUCGAAACUCUAACAGAUAAAUCCUUUACUAUGAAUGAGGGGGAGGCCGAGAUAUCUAAGGAGAAAGACUGGAAAGAGCUGGAGCCCAACUAUGCCAUUAAAAUCUUCCUCACCGUCCUGUACAGCCUCAUCCUGCUCACAGGCAUUGUGGGUAAUGGAGUCACCAUCCAGGUGAUGCAGGUGCUGCAGCAUAAUGGCUACAUGCAGAAGUACGUGACGGACCACCUGGUGAGCCUGGCGUGCUCCGACCUUCUGGUCCUCCUCAUAGGCAUGCCCGUGGAGCUCUACAGCGCCACGUGGUUCCCCUUCACCUCCACCUCGGGUGACGCUUCCUGCAAGAUCUACAAUUUCCUGUUCGAAGCCUGCAGUUAUGCCACCAUCUUGAACGUGGCGACACUCAGCUUUGAACGCUACAUGGCCAUUUGCCACCCAUUCCGCUUUAAGGCCCUGGCAGGAGAGCGAACGGGGGGCCUCAUUGCUCUCGCCUGGGUCACGGCCGUGUUCGUGGCUAUCCCGCUGCUGUUCACCACGGGAAUGGAGGGCCACGUCAUAGAGCCAGACGUUGGGCCGGUCCAGAACCUGACAUUCUGCACCAACCUGAGGGAGCAGUGGGGGGUGUACAGGGCCAGUAUCUUUGUGGCGUUCAUCGUGUACAUGGUGGUGCUGGCCAGCGUUGGGGUCAUGUGUCGGGGCAUGAUCCUGGUCCUUCAGAAAACCAUGAGGCCCAUGGGAGGAGGGGUCAACGGAGAAGAGGGCACGCCAAAACACGAGAAUGCCCGGGUCAAAGCCGCCAAGAAGCAAACCAUACUUUUUCUAGGUUUAAUAGUGGGCUCCCUCACUGUCUGCUGGCUUCCCAACCAGGUGCGUCGCCUGAUGACCGCCGCCGUGCCCAAAUCCAGCUGGACCAUGCCCUACUUCCGCAGCUAUGUGGCAUUGCACCCCGUGGCCGACACCUUCUUUUACCUCAGCUCCGUGCUCAACCCCUUCCUGUACAACCUCUCCUCCCGCCAGUUCCAACAGGUCUUUGUCCAGGUGCUGCGCUGCCGCCUCACCAUUGAGCAUGUCAACAAACGGACUCUGAGGAGCUCCGAGGCCAACUCGGCCCGCUCGUUGCGGCCCCUGCUAAAGUCGCUGCGUUGUGGUCAUGGCGGCAGGUCUACUCAGACUCAGAGCUUGGAGUUCGAGAUGCCUACGUUCACUACCUUACAUAUUCCUAAGGACACUCCAGCUCCCAGCCCUGAGGAGGCCCUUCCCACAACCAAUGAAUCACGCUCGAUUUCAGUGCGAAAGGGAAAUGAGCCUGAUGAGACUGAAAUAUAAGGGGACGCAUUUGGUGCUUUGAAGUUUAUUCAAAUACAUGUAUCAUAAAGUUGGCUUGUGUUUACACCUUAUAUUAACAUGUGGUUGUCGUCAUCCGAACGAGAUGAUCCGAUCACUAUCUGAUCGAGAUUUGUUGCUUCGACACAUGGUAAUAACUAAUAAUUUAGUCCGUUUUGUGACCAGAUUCCCUGGUUCCCUCCCUGUAUGCAAAUUAAUCCAACCUGCCGAUAUGACACAAACUGUAUAAAUCGACAAAACAGCGCACUUUUAUAGUCAAUAGUUUUAUACUCUCAUCAUUACAGCCUACUUUUGUUAUCGACAAUUCAAGACUGAGCGCAAUAGCCCACUGGGCAAACCACGUCAUUUCAACGUGGAUAAUUGGGUAAUAUUUGGUUGAGACGUUGAUCAAUGAGAUUGCAACCUUUAUUCACCCACUCCAAAGACAGUCAAAAGUUAGUUUAAUUUCCAGUGUGUUAUCACUAUGCUUUCAACCAUCUGCAAUCUGGUUCAUGUUAUCAAUCAACCAACCAGAGUAUUUACAAACAGAACAGGAACUAAAUAAUCCACAUGUAUUGAUCACAUCUUUACUAAUGUUGCAGAAAUCUGCUCUAAAGCAGUGUCCACACCCUUCGGAUGUAGUGAUCAUAAUAUAAUAGCUAUAUCUAAAAAUAAUCUAAGUUCCAAAGCCUGGGCCUAAAAUUGUGUGUAAACGAUCAUUUCGCAAUGACAUCGAAGAUGUGAAAAAUAUUUGUUUGUCUGAUGAGUGUAAUGAGGAACAUCCUGACGUUGCACUUGAAGCAUUUAUGAAACUACUUCUUCCGGUUACUGAUAGGCAUGCGCCCAUUAAGAAACACUGUUAGAACUGAUAAAUCCCCAUGGCUAGAUGAUUAAAUGAAAAACUGAAUGGCUGAGAGGGAUGAGGCAAAGGGAAUAGCAAAUAAGUCUGACAACACAGCAGACUGGCAAACAUACAGUAUAUUGAGAAAUCACAUAACUAAACCGAAAGACGAAUAAACUAAACCGAAAGACGAAUAAACUAUACUAUGGAACAAAGAUAAAUUAUAUAAAGAAUGAUAGUAAAAAGCUUAAAAUGAAAUUCUAGGCAAAAUAGCAAACUCGGCUCCAUACUUCAUUGAGGCAGGUGGCUUGUUCAUAGCAAAACCUUUUGAUAUUACCUACCAGUAAGAACUUUUUUUUUUAAAGAUUAGCAAACAUAGGCAUGACAUGCAAUAAACAAAUGCUGAGCCUUCAUAUUCAUGCAUAAUGGACCAAAUAAUGAAAGAUGAACACUGUAGUUUUGAGUUCCACAAUUUGGGUGUGGAAGAGGGGAAAAAAUUGUUCCUAUAAAUAAAUAAGGACAAACCACCUGGUACCGACAACCUGGAUGGUAAAUUGCUGAGGUUGGUAGCGAAAUAAAUUGUGACUCCUGUUUGCCACAUCUUCAAUUUAAGCCAAGAAGACUCAGACAUGGAAGGAGGAAAAGGUCACUCAUCUACUCAAGAAGAGCAGAACACCCUUUAAAUGGUUCAAACAGCUGACCAAUUAGCCUGUUACAAGUGCUUAGCAAACUGACACAAAUGACUGAUGAUUGGCUGAAUUAAAAUUGUGACUCAUUUCAGGAAACUAGG